AUGGUCGUCAACGGCAUAGGCGUCCCACCGCCGCCAGGCAUAGAUCGCUGGAAGGACGCGAUCAGGACCCGGCGGUCUCGCCUCACCGCCGAGGAGCGGGCGGAUCCAACCUGGGCAGCCACCGGCAACGACGGCUGGUGGAUCGCCUACUUCCAGGCGCAACACGACAUGGAGAUGAACAGCACCACCGGCCUUAUCGGCCGGCCGAACAACUGGAACAAGGACGGACGCGUCCUGUUCUGGGGCCUGCUGAACGAAUUCAAGGAUCGUCUGGGCUCGGAGACGCUCAGUCCGGAGCUUGCGCACCAACUGUUCGGCAAAUUGCUUCGUCAACCCGUCAAGGUACCAGAACGCGCGCUCGACGGCUUUUUCGCCGCCCUCGCGCGUGCCCCGCCCUCCAUCGCCUGCCCCGAUGGCCCUGCCCUUGCCAUCACUCUCUUCCAACAAAUGGCCCGAGCAGGCCAACGUACGGUGAUCGCACCCACCAUUUACACAUACAGCAUACUGAUUGAUUGCUGCUGCCACACCCACCGCCCGGACCUAGGGCCUGCCUUCUUCGGGCACCUCCUCAAGACAGGUAUCAGGGAGAACGUUGUCACUUUCAACAAUUUAUUGAAGUGCCUCUGUGACAUGAAGCGAACGGAGGAGGCUCUGGACGUGCUGCUCCAUAGGAUGCCCGGCGAUCUGCCUGAUGUCAUUUCCUACUCAAUAAUUCUCAAGGGCUUCUGCAACAACGGGAGGAGCCAGCGUGCGCUUGACCUGCUCCGGAUGAUGACCAAAAAAGGAUCUGACCACUCUCCCAACGUGGUUUCAUACAGCACGGUAAUUGAUGGCUUCUUGAAGGAGGGUGAAAUAAGCAAAGCUUUGGAUCUAUUCCAUGAAAUGAUACAGCAGGGGGUUGUGCCUGAUGUGGCGGUAUAUAGUUCCAUUAUUGAUGGGCAGUGCAAAGCAAGAGCAAUGGACAAGGCAGAGGGGGUCCUUCGGCAAAUGGUCGAUAAUGGUGUUCGGCCGAAUACCGUGACAUAUAAUAGCCUGAUCCAUGGAUAUUCCACUUCGGGCCAGUUGGAAGAAGUCGCUAGGUUGUUGGAAGAAAUGAAAACUCAAGGUAUCAUGUGGGACGUUUUUACUUGCAACUCAUUCAUGGACUAUCUUUGCAAGACCGGAAGAAUCAAAGAAGCUGCAGAAUUAUUUUAUUCCAUGGCCGAGAAGGGCCAUAAACCCGAUGUUGUCUCAUACAACACACUUAUUGAUGGCUUCUUGAAAGAGGGUGAAAUAACCAAAGCAUGUGAUCUAUUCCGUGAAAUGAUACAGCAGAGGAUUGAGCCUGAUGUGGUGACAUAUAAUUCCAUUAUUGAUGGGCUGUGCAAAGCAAAUGAAAUUGACAAGGCAAAGGUGGUCCGUCGGCAAAUGGUCGAUAAUGGUGUUCGGCCGGAUAUCGUGACAUAUAACUCCAUUAUUGAUGGGUUGUGCAAAGCAGGAGCAAUGGACAAGGCAGAGGGUGUCCUUCGGCAAAUGGUCGAUAAUGGUGUUCGGCCGGAUACGGUGACAUAUAAUAGCCUGAUCCAUGGAUAUUCCACUUCGGGCCAGUCGAAAGAAGUCGCUAGGUUGUUGGAAGAAAUGAAAACUCAAGGUAUCAUGUGGGACGUUUUUACUUGCAACUCAUUCAUCGACAAUCUUUGGAAGACCAGAAGAAUCAAAGAAGCUGCAGAAUUAUUUUAUUCCAUGGCUGAGAAGGGCCAUAAACCCGAUGUUGUCUCAUACGGGAUUAUGCUUAAUGGUUAUGCUACAGAAGGAUCCCUUGUUGAUAUGAAUGAUUUCCGUGAGCAGAUGGUACGAGACGGAGUUGCACCCAGUCUCAGUGUUUACAACAUACUGAUUGGUGCAUAUGCUAAGUGUGGAAAGAUGGACGCAGCAAUGCUUGUCUUCGAAGAUAUGUUGAAGCAUGGUGUGAACCCUGAUCAUGUCACAUAUUUAAUUGUGAUAUCUGCAUUUUGCAGAAUGGGCAGGAUGGAUGAUGCCAUGGACAAAUUCAGUGAGAUGAUUGAUAUGGGAGUGCCACAUGACACUAAUGUUUAUGAGUGCAUGAUCAAGGGUUACUUUAGACAAGGUGAUUCGGUGCAAGCCAACAAAUUGUUUACCGAAAUGAAGAACAAGGGUAUUCCUCAAAGCCCGCGGAAGGGUAAUGAAAGAAGACACAAUAUGUUUGACUUGGUUAUUGGUACUGGUAUGGCCUGAUCCUGUUACACAAACUUCAAUGACCAAUGGAUAUUGCUUAGUGUCCAACAUGGAGAAAACAUUCAGGGUAGAUACUGUGGUAUCACCUGGCGCUGCGCUAGUGUUAGUACUCAGCACUUGUUACUUAGCAUGGUUAUGCUCUCAUAUCUUGUAGUUGGAUAUGUUUCUCUAGUUGCUCUGAUAUCUCAUUUGGUAUGAAGCCAAAUGUGCUGUUAUUCUGGUUUCUCUUGUACUAGAAUUCGAGAAGUGUGAAUUUGUUCGUUUCUGCUUACUUGUAGUUGGAUAGGUUGUCUAGUUCGAAUUUUCUUUAGGCACAUAGUGGCCUGGCUGAUUAGGAGUUGCAUUUAUGAUUUCUUGUG